GGGGUGGGCGAGUGGGGGGGGGUGGGGGCGGAGCGCGGAGGUAUGCGCUGCGGUGCGGCGGCCCGGUUUGAAUGUGGGAGGCGGGUACCGUGCGGCGGCGGCGCUGGUCCGUGUAGGCUUCAGCUUAGUGUGGGCUUAAAAAGAAGUUGUGUGCCGUGUUUAACGACUUAAUUUGCAUUACGCAAAACAGGUAUCUGUGAUUACAAGAAAGCAAAGAUUGAAUGAAUGUUUCCUAAAUCACUAACAAUGCACAGACAAUCUAAGAAUGUAAAAGUUCCCCUGAAAGUUAGAAAAAAUGAGAGUACGUGUACUGCAGAGAAGGUAGAAGCCUCUUUCCCUGAUCUGUCCGAAGACCAGAAGGUUUGCACAGUGACUAAAUUAAAAGUUGUAAAGGCAUCCACAAAGGAGAAUUUAAGUGAUGGGGUCCAGGCGCAGUUGCAGAGAUACAUCCCGAAAUACACCAAAGGCCUUCUGAAGGAAUCGUACCACAGGGAGGAUGCUAGCUGCCAGAUUACUGAAUCCUUUUUUGAUACGCCAAAAGGGGAUAUGGUCGGUGACUCUACCUUGCCUGUGAACAGUGAGGAGAAGUUUUCAAGUACACCUGUUUCUUUGGAGGGUGAAUGCUACUUGACACCUAAUAGGGACAAAGCAGAAGAAAAACCUGAUUGUGGAAUAUCAGAGAAACCGAAGAAAAAAUCUGUUGAUUUUGCAACUGUAACAAUUGCUGAAUUUGGGAUUAGUCAAGAAAGUUUUACUGAACCAUCUAUAGGGAAAUCUUCAACUUUAAAAUUUCGGCGAAGAUCAUCAAUUGGAGUACGGGGGUCACCAGAAAAUAACAGUCUUAUUCAAUUCCUUGCCCAGCAGAGAAGCAACAGGCAAAAUGAAGCUUUUACACAGCAGGAUAGACAUGGAAACAUCAGGUCGUUGAAGGACAAGAUUGAUAGCUUCUCAACAUUUUUUAAAUCAAUAGAAGAGGCUGAAGUGGAUGGUGCUUCCCAGGAAGCAGGCUCUUCUCAGAUCAAAGUACCUUCUACAAAAGAGAGGAACGUGGAUCGCUGGAGUGGAAAGUUCACAUCAGACUGCAAUGGAGCUGAUCUGAAAGACAGUUUAAGACAAAAUUUGAUCCACAGCAGUAAGUCUGAUCUCAAGAUCUGCACCAUCUUGUCUUCGGGCCAAGGUGUGACUGUCACCGAACCUGCUGCUGCUGUUUCAAAGGAAUGGGUUUAUGAGCAACACAAUCCUACUGACUCUUUGGAGACUGUUCUGAUUAGGGGCACCUUAGAAACAGGCCACGAUUUCAGUUCUGACCACGUCACUAGAGACAGUAGUAGUAGUGUUAUAUCCGAUUUAAGAGGUAAGCAAGUUAAUUUUGCAGAACUGAGCUUGGAAAUACUUGAUGAAAGCAAGUCACCAGUCACACCACUUCGAACGGGAGAGAGUUCAUUAGGUGGCCAUGCACUGAGGGGCUCCCACCUGCAAUCUGUAUUGAAGAAAAUGCCAACGAAGCCAUUAAUGGAUAGCAUGAAGGAACACUCAAAUGAUGCAGUUGCCGGAGGAGGAGAGGAAGCCGAAAGACACAGCUCUGAAAAACCUUCAAAGAAAAGAAAAGUUACUUUUGGAGAAGUUCUAAGCCCAGAAAUAUUUGAUGAAACUUUGCCUGCAAAUACUCCAUUGCGCAAAGGAGCAAUGCCAGGCCAUCAUCCAAGAUUAAACAGUCAUAGCCUCGUUGUAGUGUCGAGUCUCAUUGAAGAACCAUUAACCCAGCCGAACUUUGACUGCGAUGAUGAAUGUGUUGAGCCUCUUCAAGAGUUGCUGGAGGGCUCUGUUGCUGCAGGAGACGUCUUACCUGUUGAAAAUGCAGAAGCAGAAACUGACAAAUCUGAUAUGAGAAAAACUUCUAGAAAAAGGAAGUGUGGCCCUAUUUCAAAGGGGACUGAUGUCAGCAUCUCAACGUCCAUAAAUACUAACAAUGCUAAAGAUACUAAAAAUCCAAGAAAGAAUAAGUUUCAAAGACAAAAGGAUAUAACCAUAUCUGCUGCCAAAAAGACACAAAAAAGAAAACAUACAAGCUAUGGGAAAAGAAGGAAGAAAAAGGUAGAAGAAAAACCUUUAUAUAUGGAAAGAGAGAUGGCUUCUAAGAAACCUCUUCUCAGCCCUAUCCCUGAAAUUCCAGAGGCUUGCUCUUUUGCCUCAUCUCCAAAAUCGCCAAAAGCAAAAGAAUUUUUUUCAGAAGCCGUAUUUUUAGAUAACGCCCAAUCUGGGAAGGCUUGCAAGGAUGUUCGACAGGAGCCAGUGGUUGAAGAAAUGAGAGGGAAAAACAUUUGUGCAGUUCAUACAAAUCCAAGCUUUAAGGACAUGGACACUGCAGAAGCCAGCAGCUCCCAUGAUACGGCAUUCCAGGUGUCGGGUGGUGAUCUGGAGUCUGCUUCUGCCACUGGUCAUAAGCUUUCAAACAUUGUGCCAGACGUGAAGUGUUCUUUUGAUACAUCUGACUGUUUCCAACAAGUUAAAGAGACUGCAUGUGUAGAAGAGGAAAAAGAAAGUAGUUCCUUGAUAGAAAAUGAGAAAUUACAAGGAAAUCUCCUAAAUAAGGCAGAACAGCUAACCGGGCUAGAAUUUCUGGAACAACAGGGCACUGGUGUACAUGAGGGUGCACAAGGAGCUCGGUGUCCACGAGAGGAUUCUGUAAGAGAUAAUCCACCAAGAGGAAGAAGUAGUAGUACCAUCAAUUUUCCUCCUGUUGAAAAAUUGGAAAUAACUGGAAAUGAUCUUCUAGUUUCUUCUUUCAAUGUGGAAGAAUUCUUAUCUGCUCCUCGGCUAGAAAACGACUCCUUAGAGCCUUCUAGAAGAAAGAACAGUAACAGUGCUGAAAAAAGAGUGAAGCGCAGCAUGAGAUUAUGUAAAGGGGCAGACACUGAAGGACUUGCAUGGAUUCAAGUACCCAGUGAGGUUCAAAAGAACCUGCUAGCUUCUGCUUCCGAUCUUCUAGUUUCUUCUUUCAAUGUGGAAGAAUUCUUAUGUGCUCCUCGGCUUGAAAACGACUCCUUGGAGCCUUCUAGAAGAAAGAACAAUAACAGUGCUGAAAAAAGAGUGAAGCGCAGCAUGAGAUUAUGUAAAGGGGCAGACACUGAAGGACUUGCAUGGAUUCAAGUACCCAGUGAGGUUCAAAAGAACCUGCUAGCUUCUGCUUCCAAACUCAGGAGAAGCAGCACAUCCAUCCUUAUGGAAUCUGAGAACAUUCACCAUAAACAACAAAAUCUCACCCAGUUUUCAGCACCAGGGAAGGAGAACAAUGACUCUGGUAAUCUUGCUGGUAGUCCUUACAGAAGAUGUAGGAGGAGAAACAUGUGUGUAUCCACACCUCAAGAAACAAGAACUUGGUCUCAAACCCGGAAAAGGAGCAUAACAAAUUCUGUAGCUAGGAAGGACAGAUGUAACCAUGAAGAAAUAGAAGUACCUCUUGAAAAUAACUCUAACGUUUAGCGAGGUUUCAGCGAUCUCUAAUUUUCUGAAGUGAAGACAUCAUCAGUUUUUCCCAAGACACAAACUCCUAAGGCAACUUGAAAGAAACUUCACUACCGAAGUGCUGUUCAUCACAUGCUACUUCAGAAACAUUACUGAAGUUAUCAAAACAGUUUCGUUGAUCUUUUAUUUUGGGGGUUGCUUUUGUGUCACAGUGAAAAUUCUAGAUUUGGAAACGGCGUAGUUCCUUGGGUCGAGUCUCGUUGUGAUAGCAGUACUUUGGCUUGCCGGGAGAGGGCAGUCUGACAUGAGUUUUUAUGGUUGUAACUGAAUUAGGAAAUAGCAGCAUAAUGUACAAAAUCUUUGAAGAGGUACUAGCUAAGGAUAAACUUAAAGUUCCUUGAGAUUAAAGCUAAUAGUAGCUGCUCCUUUUAACAUUCAAAAAGAAUCAAACCAGCAACUGAAGUAUGCGCUGAAAUGAAUCUGGAACAGUGAAAUGCUUACGCACUGUGUUCAGACACGACUUUCUAUAUGGAAGUCAUGUUGCAUUCUUAAACCCAGUAGAGCACUACGUUUGCAGCUGGGAUGGUAGGAAUUACCUAACAGCUUUUAGGUACCAAAUCUCGCAGUGAGUGAAAGCUUUGGAGACGGUGGGUGUCUGAUACUGAAUACUGGUUUUGGAAUAGUUAGGUCAAGUGAAGAGCAGUCCUGGAGGAAGAGGCAAUAAACAACUAUGUAUGAUACUAGAGGGCCUCAUCUAAAAUACUGCUUAAAAUGUGCUUUUUGGGGUGUUGCUGUCCUGUGCAUCAGCCACAGCAGCACUGGAAGAGAACCUUGGGGUUUCUUGAGCAGAUAGGCUAAGUGCACUUCAGAUCUGAAGUAUAAGUCAAGUCCAAAAUAGAAGAACAAGGGUAGGGAGAAGGAAACAGCUUGGAUUUUCCUCCUGGCACAGUUUGGUUGGGAAGCGUUGUUAGGAAUUAUAUGUGGAUGCUUGGAUGACAGUUUGCAUGGCUUGCAUGAGGGUGAGGUUGGAACCUACAGAGAAAUAGAGGUUGCAGUUAACAGGGCUUAACGUGGAGAGGACUUGAGAGGAGACAAGCCUUCAAUUAUACAGAAGGUUGUUGUAAGGGGGUGGGGAUAAUAAUCUGUUCUCCAUGUCUGUACUGAAUGGGACAAGAAAUAAUGUGUUUAAAUUAGAGAAAAAUGUCUCUGUUAAACAUUAAGAAAAAGUUCCAGCAGCAGAGAUAGUUGAGCAUGGGAAUACAUUGCCUUGGGAAGUUGUGGAAUCUCCAUCACUGGAGGCUUUUAAGAACAGAUUAAACAAAUAUCUGUCAGGAAUGACAUAUGAUCCUUCCUAGGGGUAAGGAUAGGGCCUAGAUGGCCUCUUGAGGUCUCUUCUGGCUGUGUUUUCUGAUUACUAGAGAUUAGGGUUGCAAGAGGUGAUUUGGGACUUGCAUAAUAGUUAAGACCCGAGAUAGAAUCUGUCAUGGAAUAGGGAGCUGGAGAAUUGCUAACACUGGGGCCCUUUAGCAUGGGAAGGAACUGGGGAAUUUGGGACAGAGCUCUUCAUGCAAGGCUAGCAAAAUGGUCUUAGUACUUUAAAUGUUCAGAUCUCGUGUGACUCGCUGCUUUUCCUCAGAGGAGUAUCUCUAUAGACUCCUGAAGUAGUGUAACCUACAACUUGGUGGCCAGACUGUUAUGCAGGGAGUGUGAACAGCAGAGUGAACAAUGCUGUUCCAUUUAUCAGAUUUGCUUUUCUAAAACGGAGUUAACAUUAACCUUUGAAUGACCAGCAACUUCACUAUCCCUAUUCAAUCGACAGAAGAACUUCCUGAAGUAGUCUGUUAUCUUCACUGCCACAUCAGGGUGUAGGACUUAAAAUAAAGGUACAUUGUGUGCAAGUGCAGACAGAUGUCGAGAUAUUUUGAGUUUGUGGUUCUACUUUUCAGCUGUCAGUUGCAGCGCUAUCUGAAGUAGAUUUUAAUGGUGUUCUGUCACAUUAGGUUAGCUUCCUCAUGCUAAUGCAACCUGCAGUUUUAUUUGCACCAAAGUACUUUUAAAAGAAGUACUUCACUAACGUUAAGUGCUGCAUUGUAUAGGCUUUAAAUGGCUUCAAGUAUGGUAAUAGCUCGCACUAAGUGUAUAUUGCCGAAUAAUUGCAUUUAGCAGAUUGCCAUGUAAUUAUCAUGCUCUGACUGAUGUAGAGGACAAGUGGUGGGUCCUAGAAAGACUGAUUAUUUUGCUGCUCUGUAAUUAUGAUGUCGUUAAUAAGUAAGAGUAAUUACAUAUCAUUUUGAGCUAUCCUAUGAAGUGCAGUCUUGAUACAUUUUCAGACAGCUGAGUAUCUGGCAGCUAGCAGUAAGGAGUAUUUCACAGUUGGAAUGGUCUUCACUUACACUUGCUUAACGUUAGUGAGCUGAAGACACAAUGAAUAACAAUACUUACACUUGAAUUUUUCAGGAAGUUUUAAAAGGAAAGUGAGUGUUUUUCAGGAAUUAUUUUAUGCCAAUAUUUUGCCAUAAUUAUGAGUCACGUAUGUUAUAAAUCUGGAGGCAAUAUGACCAAGUUUUCUCACAUAUGAAUUGACAGAAGAAAUAGUUUUCUCAACCAGACACUCAUGGUAAGCAGGGGAAAGAAAAUAAUGAGAAGGAUAUGUGCCUUUUUUUUUUUUUCUAUGAAAUAAUCAGCUGUAAAUAAAGUUUCACCUAGUCUUCAGCUAAAAUAAGCUGAAAAAUAAGAGAAAAAGAUCUCUACUUGCUUCUAAUUGGGCAACAGAAGGGGAUACUGAAACACCAAAUGUUGUGUAUAAAUGUCACUAUUGUCUGUUCAGCUAGUCUAGUUGCUGUUUGGAAAUGCACUAAAAUGUUUGUGCUCUACUCUUCCUCCUUCUCACUGAAUCCUCUGCCACUCUUACAGUUCACUUAGACGUUGAAAGACUUUAGUGAUGAACCGAUCUAUGCACGAGGAAGCAAACAGAAAAGCAUUGUUAGAUCUAUGUAGAAGGAAAUGGAGAGAGAGGGGAAAAAAGUGCCGUUGAAGUAUGCCAAGGAUAGCUUAAGCACACAGGAACAGGAGUGGGCAGUGAAAGAAAUUUUGUUUUCAAGCUGCUAACAGCCUUGUAACAUCACUUGUAACAUCAGGGUGAAAAAACCUGGACCUGGUAUCACCGUCCAUUAAAUCAACUGAGUUAUACCGAAGAUACUUCUGAAGCCAUGCUUCACUCUUGUCAUAAAUAACCUGCCUAUGUCAUGCAAAUGUUUGGACAAACAAAUGCACUUAGUUUCAUGUUCAGAAGCAUGGAUCUUGGUACUAUCUGCGUGAUAUUUUUACCCCGCUGCUAUCUGCUGAGUAUCUAGCUACAGAGGACUGGACAGUUUACGUUUGGGAAAAGCAAAGGAAUUCAUCUCCACACUUUUUGAGGCGACGCUGCAAUUUCGGAUUUCCCACUGAAAGGUAACCACGUAUUCCCUGCACCGCCAGAACGCGCCCUGCCUGCGCAUUUUAUUUGGAAGUUGCUGAACGGAUGGGACAGCGCUGGAGGCGAGAGCGAUAACCGAUCACAGGCGCAGGCUGUGCGUGUACAUCAUCAAGUCCUUAAGAGAGAGAUCACUUGGCUUCAGGGCUGGUUGCCCCGCUGACCUCCGAUGAUUGCUACUUCCUUGGUGGCACGAAGGGCGUGAAGGACCUGCAGUGUCGGGGAACCCACAGCCAUAGUUACCGGAAGGUUUCCUGUCUUUCAAGAAAGACUUUGCGUUCCUGAUUCCGUUCUGCCAACUGUUGUUCAUCCUGGCUCUUGGCUGAUUCUUCACUCUCCAUGUUUUAGGAGUUGACGUGGUUGUGUCAGAAAUAUGAAACAGCUAUAUUCUUCGUGACUGACAACAGCAACAUUUUAAGCUGCCUGGAACUGGUGCCAUUCCCAAAGGUUUUGAGGGGUUUUUGGGGGGUGGGUGCAUUAGAAGACGAGAGAUUUUCUGAUAACGCUGAGGCGGCUGCUCCUUUCCUUCUCCUCGUGCCCCAAACCAAACAACGACCCUAAUGGUAGGGUCCCAGCCUGACACCGGAGAGCCUUCUCCCUGUGUAUUAAGCACAUGCCUGCCCUUCUGUCCUCUAGCAAAGAAAACUUGCUUUCAGUCUUGGAGUGAUGCCCUCCUCCAGACUCUGCUGGGCUGGUGGCAGAGGCUGGCAAUGCUCCACAGCAGAUAUACACUCCCCAGAAGUCGUUAGGAUGGAACCUCCCAGCGGACAAAUUCAGGUAAAACUGUAAUACGCCACGGAAGGGAGAAGCAAAGCCUAAUCGUUUCGCCGGCAUUUCAUCCUGAUGCUGCAGCUUCACCUCCUUGUGCAGCAAAGAACAAGCGGGCUGAGGAAUACUGGCUGGAAUUCUCACCUCUAUUUCCACAGCUCAUCUAGAUGGCUUUGCUCUGUGGUUCUCUCUCUUUGUACGUACCCUCAUCUGUCCAUUUCCACCCCACCUCCACUCCCCUUUGGGGCUGCACUGUCAAAAGCCUAUUCCCAGCCUGUAUCGCUUUUUAUUGAAUGUUUGUGAGGUUUGGAUUAAGGUCUUACACUGCUAGCAAAGCUGUAAUUAUUUUUGCCUGUAUUACUAUAUAUUGAAUCGAUGUAACUUUUCAAUAAAGGUGGUUCAAUGCAGGACACUCCCUGAUGAGUUGGGAAUAUAGAAACCACAGUCAUUAUCCCAGAGGAUCUUUUUUUUUUCUUGGAGGGAAAUGGAAAAAGAAUUAGAGAUGAGCCUUAUUGUAUUAACCUUGACAGCUUGCAAUUAUCAACUGAAACACUUGAUUAAAAUUGUCACAAGGUUGGAGAAUUUUUUUAUAAAUAAAUAAUCAAACAUGGAUAGUACCCAGAUGCGAUGGUGAUGGGCACCUUUAACGGGUGUAAUUAAUAAUGAUCAUAAGCCUAGUGUAUACAAGUGGCCCUUGAAAAUGCUGUCUUUCUUUCCAGUGGAAAAGAACUCUCUGCCGUUCAAGCAGCCGUUUGGUCAGAGCUGCGCAGUGUCCUUGGCGCUGCACGGAUUUACACGUACGUGCACACACCCAUCUACUCUUCAGGUACUUCAGGUGCUUUGUUGGUGGCUACAUUACGACCUGGUUUAAAAACUGUGCUUUCGAGAGAAGAUGAGCGUUGAGCAUUUUCAGUCAUCGUCAUGUAAAACCUCUUGCUCUCUCAUCUGGCUUUCCUCCUUUGCUGCUAAGUUGCCAGCUGACUCCAAUCUUAUGGUUCUACAGCUCUCAGAAGAGAUGACCGAAGUGCUCCAGCGGUGCUGCUCUGAGCAUCUUAAAUGAACACUCCUACCCUGCAGUGCCCGAAACGUCCCUGUGCAGGAGCUGGCCCGCAGAAAUCCUUCUGUAUUUGGAUGAAAGUUUUUCAUUCAUCCAUUCCCGAUCGUCUCAAGCACAGACAGCCUUUGGCAUGCUUUAAUCACUGUCUAGGCUCUGGAAUCGUUCCGAUUCAGGCAGAAGCAUGCUGCUGAAAAUGGCCCAGCUAUUUUCACCUGGUUGGAAUCUCUGUUGGGAAGAAGAAUUUGCAUCUAUGGCUGAAAUAGUUAAAUAGUUAGAACGACCUGGCCUAACAAACCUUGGGCAGACGUGUUUGACCCUGCAAAGCAACCGCUGCCUUUGCUGUCAGUCACAGCGGUAAGUCCCAUUGUACUAAGUCCUGUAUCUGCUGAAAACUUCCUUAAAUAACAGUUGCAGCAUAUUAUUAUAGUUACCUAUCAGGGUGUUGAUGUACAAGGAGAUAGCCCACAAGGAAAGGGAUAUGGUUAAUAACUUCUGCAUCGGUUUUUCCAAUCCCAGGUUACUGCAUCUCUACAUGCAUAAGCGAUGUCAGUAAGUAAUCGUAACCUUAACUGACAGGUUAAUCCUGAACACCUCAAGAGUGGACUUUUGUCAGUAAAAGUGCAAGGAUGUGAGGGCUGGGUUUUUAGCCUUGAGAUUUUAUGUUAUACUUAAUCUUAAAUAAAUACUUAAUAUUAAAGUUUCAUUUUUAGAAUCUUUUAUUGAUUACUAAUUGGCAGAUAGAAUAAAAUAUGUUUUUAUUUUAGUUUAUAGAUAAUAUAUUAUUUUACUUUACCUAUUCAUAAAAGGUAUUAAAAAAAAAAAGAGAAAAUCUUUUCCUAAGCAGAUGGGGCAGACAUGGGUAGGUUAAGGAAAAGGAUCAGCUUCAAUAAAACGUCAGUUGUUUUUUUUUUAAUGUGUCCUUUUUCCGUCUCCCAGAAACAACGUGAGAGACUUUCUCGCUGAACCGGGUUGUGGUUAGCACUACCAUGGCAGGAAAGACGGAAGAGGAGAAUGGAAGGAUGGAAGAAGUGCUGGAGGAGCCAACUGUUGGACUUGAAGACAUUACUGCAAAAGGAAAAAAAAAAGCAAAUCCUCAUCAGAAAUGCCAUUAUGGAAGCUGGGUAAAACUGCUUUAAAAUGUCUGCCUUCUGAUUACUCAUUUUACUUCUUAAAGAUGAUCUUAUUCUCAUAUUGAGUCAGCUGGUUACAGUAAGUCUAAACUAGAGAGGUAGUUAUAUUUAAAAGUUCAGAAAAUUCUUAUAAAAUGAAGGGUGAGGAUAUCAGAAAAUGGUAAGUCAUCGAGGGAGGGGGAGAGAGCGUCAAUAUGAACAAACAGUAGACAGCAAUCAUUCCUGUGCCCUCCCCAGCUUUUUAAAAAUGAAGACUUCCUUGGCUGGAGUUGAGGGGGAAUGUUUUAAGCUGUUGCUUAGAUUUUAAUCUAAAUUGGCUUCUUCUU